UUCUGCAUGUUCAAUGGUAGCAGCACUUGGCCGUCCUGGGACAGUGAGGCUUUCUCUGGACUCGCUGUGGAAGGCGAGGACAGUGUUGGGCUCUUCUCUGCCUCCUUCUUCUUCUCCUUCUUGCGUCCCGGAGCUCAGCUCCAUCACCGUCAAGACGCUGGCGACUCACGGCUUCGGGGUGGCCAUGGCAGCCAUGGCGGCCAUCCCUCCGCAGAGAUACCACUACUUCUUAGUGCUGGACUUCGAGGCCACAUGUGACAAGCCGCAGAUCCAUCCCCAGGAAAUCAUCGAGUUCCCCAUCCUGAAGUUAAAUGGGCAGACGAUGGAAAUCGAGUCCACGUUCCACAUGUACGUGCAGCCGGCUGUCCACCCUCAGCUGACCCCGUUCUGUACAGAGCUGACUGGAAUCAUCCAAGGUAUGGUGGAUGGCCAGCCGAGUCUCCAGCAAGUGCUUGAGAGGGUUGAUGAAUGGAUGGCGAAGGAAGGUCUUCUCGACCCAAGCGUCAAGUCAAUCUUCGUCACUUGUGGAGACUGGGACUUAAAAGUGAUGCUGCCUGGGCAGUGCCACUACCUGGGGUUGCCAGUGGCUGAUUACUUCAAGCAGUGGAUUAACCUGAAAAAGGCCUACAGCUUCGCCAUGGGCAGCUGGCCCAAGAACGGACUGCUAGACAUGAACAAAGGCCUCAACCUUCAGCACAUAGGACGGCCUCACAGCGGCAUCGGUCAGUGUCUGCUGAGCCGGGCCUUUGUCCUGCGGGAGCACGAGACGAGGCUCUCCUGCCUCCUGACGCCCCUGUAA